GCGGCGGCGCUGGCGGUUGCUGGAGACGUAAUAGUGCGGGUCGCGGACUUGGAGAACUUCCGAGGUGGUGGUGGCGCCGGCUAAGACGACGACAGCAGGAGCGGAUCCUGGGCUUGUCGCUCACCAUGCCGACGGUGGAGGAGCUUUACCGCAACUAUGGCAUCUUAGCUGAUGCCACGGAGCAAGUUGGCCAGCAUAAAGAUUCCUAUCAGGUGAUACUGGAUGGUGUGAAAGGUGGUACCAAGGAAAAAAGAUUAGCAGCUCAGUUUAUUCCAAAAUUCUUUAAGCAUUUUCCAGAAUUGGCUGAUUCUGCCAUCAAUGCACAGUUAGACCUCUGUGAAGAUGAAGAUGUAUCGAUUCGACGUCAAGCAAUUAAAGAGCUGCCUCAGUUUGCCACUGGAGAGAACCUUCCCCGAGUGGCAGACAUACUAACCCAGCUUUUGCAGACAGAUGACUCUGCAGAAUUUAAUUUAGUGAACAACGCCUUGUUAAGUAUAUUUAAGAUGGAUGCAAAAGGGACUUUAGGAGGCUUGUUUAGCCAGAUACUUCAAGGAGAAGACAUUGUUAGAGAACGAGCAAUCAAAUUCCUUUCUACAAAACUUAAGACUUUACCAGAUGAAGUCUUAACGAAAGAAGUAGAGGAGCUUAUACUAACUGAAUCCAAAAAGGUUCUAGAAGAUGUGACAGGUGAAGAAUUUGUUCUGUUCAUGAAGAUACUAUCUGGGUUAAAAAGCUUACAGACAGUGAGUGGAAGACAGCAACUUGUAGAGUUGGUGGCCGAGCAGGCUGACCUGGAACAGACCUUCAAUCCCUCGGAUCCCGACUGUGUGGACAGGCUCUUACAAUGCACUCGACAGGCGGUGCCCCUCUUCUCUAAAAAUGUUCAUUCCACAAGGUUUGUGACUUAUUUCUGUGAGCAGGUUCUUCCGAACCUAAGUUCCUUGACUACCCCAGUGGAGGGUCUUGAUAUACAGUUGGAGGUACUGAAAUUACUGGCGGAGAUGAGUUCAUUUUGUGGUGACAUGGAAAAGCUAGAAACAAAUUUAAGGAAAUUAUUUGAUAAGUUAUUGGAGUACAUGCCUCUCCCCCCAGAAGAAGCGGAAAAUGGAGAGAACGCUGGAAAUGAAGAACCUAAGCUGCAGUUCAGUUAUGUGGAAUGUUUAUUGUAUAGCUUUCACCAGUUGGGUCGAAAACUUCCAGAUUUCUUAACAGCGAAACUGAAUGCAGAAAAGCUCAAAGAUUUCAAAAUCAGGCUGCAGUACUUUGCAAGGGGCCUGCAGGUUUAUAUCAGACAGCUCCGCUUGGCUCUCCAGGGGAAAACAGGAGAGGCCUUAAAGACAGAAGAGAACAAGAUUAAAGUUGUUGCAUUGAAAAUAACAAACAAUAUCAAUGUUUUAAUCAAGGAUCUUUUCCACAUUCCUCCUUCUUAUAAGAGCACAGUGACAUUAUCCUGGAAACCUGUACAGAAGGUUGAGUUGGGGCAAAAGAGAGCCAAUGAAGAUACAACUUCAGGUUCACCACCCAAGAAAUCUACUGCAGGACCAAAGAGGGAUGCCAGACAAAUUUAUAAUCCUCCUAGUGGGAAAUAUAGCAGCAAUUUGGGCACCUUUAAUUAUGAUCCUUUUAAAGAAGAAUGGACAAAAAUAAUACUGACUCAGCUCCUUAUCUUGCUUAGGAAGACACAGUUUAAUAACGCUAGCAACCAAACACGCUUGUGGUUGGUCUUGAAUACCAGUCAAAAUUAAUUCUGCAGUAUUUAUUCAAAAGAGUACAUUCUGAACCAGAAUAUACUCUCAAUAAUUCUGUUUCCAAGGUGAGAUAAUAGUAAUUCAUAUUCCUGUAGAGGUUAAGUCUCCAAUAGGGGUGCUUGUCAUAAACUGAUUGAAAGCAAUUUUAAGUUUAAACUAACUGAUUCUUAUUGAAAAGUAGGAGCAGGAUUUUAGUUAAGUGUUUUAUACUUGGGAAUUUAAUAUGAUCUUAUUGAGUAACACUUUGGAGAGUUUUCUUGACUUUUUCUUUAUCACCCAUUCAAUUGAAACAGCUCUCAGCACUGUAGAUGAGAAUUGGUGAAGUUAAUGUACUUCAAUUUUUUCCCACUUUUUUUAUGUCCUUUCCUUAGGAUCAUGCUUCUCAAGUGGGUGCCCUUCAGGGAACUGACAGUAGGGAGAAAGGAGGAGCAUGAAGCAUUUUUUUUUUCCUGGUUUGUCAGUUCUGCUCCACAAUUGGAAGGGAGAAAUGUUUUUUUAUUCUUAAGUCUUUAAUACAUAGAUUUUGUUGCCCACAUUUAGCAAAAUCAUCGUAAUUCUACUUUUCUGUAUCAACCAAACUCCUGUUGUGUUUAGUUCUCCUUACUAUAUAAGGAGUUCCCCAGUAACCCAUAAACACCAAACAUUCUAUGUUUUGUGAUUUGUGUCCUUCACCUUUUAUCUUUUUAGAAUAUAGAAAUAAUUUUUAAAGUAUAAUUUUAACUAGAAGCAGCGGGUUUUUUAAAAAUUAGUAGUACAAGCUUGAAACCAUUGAAAAGAUCGUGAAAAUACAAACUAGUCCUUCAAGAUGAAGCCCUUCAAAAAGAAGAAAAUUUAGUCAAUCCCCAUACUGCAGAAUGGCUGCAUCAUUUGGCAAUUAAAAAUAACCAAUGUAAAAAAGAUGAUCAUAUUUAAUAAUAUAGUGUAUUUUAUAUACUCAUUAGAUGUAGCUCAACAAUUGAGGUUAACUCAGUUCUGGACAUUAGAAUUUGUUUGAAAGGGUAGAUUUUAGUAGUCUGUUACUAUAUGCCUAAUAAUGAUAUUUGUGAAGACGCUGAUUUGUUAAGUGUGUUGAUCUUAGAUUAACAGAAAGAUGGAAAAUGAAGAUUUUAUCACGAAUAUGGUACCAACUGGAAAAAAAUGUGCUGUCAUAUGUAGAUAUAGGGCCAAGUCUAGAGAGUCAGAAAUGCAGAGUCAUGGCCCACAUAAAGCCUGAGUGUCCCCACAGUCACUGCAUCCAUCACUGAAAGCAUCUUGCCCUCAGAGACCACCUCUGAUUCCUAAAUAUGUUCACUAGAAUAAUACUGAUUUCAUUUUAAAAUGGUUUUUAUAAUGGUCAACUUAGCAAUGUCAUGACACAAGAGGUAACCUUGAAUCAGAGGUCUAGUUACUUUUCUAACUCAGGGUUGAAUUACUUUUCCUUCUGGAGGAAAAAAGACAUCAAAACAUCACCCAAGUGACUAUACUUCUAGCUAUUAUGACAAAGAACGGGUUGCAAAGUUGACUUAAUAGAUAUUUUUUCAAGCCUCCAACAUUCUUGGAUCAAAAACAGCAACACCAAGCUCUUUUUAUUGCUCCUGACAAGAUUGCUGCAAGGAGAAAGUUUGAAAGUUCAAUGAAGAGGUUUGAUCCCUGGAAUUAAGAGUUUGAGACUCCUAAUUCAUUUAAGUAUGAUGAAAAGUACAGCCUUGGUGAAAACUUCAGUCGGUUUUCUUCACUGGAAAGACUCCUUUGAGGAAUAUUUCUCUGGGGCUAUAAGAGGGACUGACCAAUGCAUCAAAGACUUCCAUUUUACCAUAUGACACAAGUGACCUGAUAUUUUAGCAAAAGAGAUGCUUAAUUUCCAGUAGUAAGCCAGACACUAUAUGUAUACACGACAGAUCUGGCAGCACUCUGUGCAGCUCACGGAAGUAUCUAUUGGAAUUUGUGUGUACAUUAAUGUGAGUCCAGUUCUUGAAAUAUUGUGACUGAAACAAAAAAAAAUUGUCUACUCAUUUCAUUCGAAAGGUACAUUUGAUCAUUAAUAGUCUAAGAUAGUUUGUAUAUGUGGCACUAACUUUUAAAAGCCAGUGGCUUUUCUGUUAAUUCCAUAUUAAGCAUAGCAAUUUUUAUAGUUUCAUUUGGUAGUGGUAGGCACCGGAAUACAAACUAAGAAGUGUUAAAGUUUUCAUAACAUUGUCACCUUAAGACAACUUCACUAAUGGCAUAUUUAAUUGAGCACCUUCCAUGAAUGUAUUUGGCACCUUGCCAUAUUUGCUUUGGUAUAUACAUUGCCCUGGUUUUAUGUACAAAACAAAUUUGUAGACAGACUAGCAGAAUACCAGUUCUCCUCUUCCAGGGCCUACUGCUACAUUCAGAGCUACAAACUACAUUUCUUCUGUGUUUGCUGUACCGUGAAGUCCCGAGCAAGACCUAAACCCUUGUUCGCUUUU